AUAAUCCCUACCUCCGCAGGCCAAGGAAGCAGAGGAGAGGAGGAGGAGGAGGCGGUGCGUGCGAUUUAGCUCGAUCGAAAGAGAGACGGCUUCCCGUAGAGUUCAUUCAAUUCAAACGCAACGCCUAAACCCAACCCUUUCUCUUGAUGGGGACUCCAGAGACUUCUCGGGAACCCUGUCCCGAUCGUAUUCUCGAUGACAUCGGCGGCGCUUUCGGCAUGGGAGCUGUUGGCGGCUCCGCCUUUCACUUUCUCAAAGGACUCUAUAACUCUCCCAAGGGAUCGCGGCUCAUCGGCGGCUCCCAAGCCGUUCGCCUCAACGCACCGCGUGUUGGGGGCAGCUUCGCUGUCUGGGGCGGCUUGUUCUCCACUUUUGACUGUACCAUGGUCUAUCUUCGUCAGAAGGAGGACCCCUGGAACUCCAUCAUCGCCGGUGCUGCUACCGGUGGCUUUCUCUCCAUGAGGCAGGGUCUUGGGGCUUCUGCUCGCUCGGCGGCGUUCGGCGGCGUUUUGUUGGCCAUGAUUGAAGGAGCUGGGAUCAUGCUCAACAAGUUCCUCAGCGCACAGCAACAGAUGCCUAUAAUGAUUGAAGAACCUAUGCCUGGGUACCCUAACCCUUCCAAUAAUAGAUUACCGGUCCCAACCGUACCUCAAGAGAUGACGUCGCCGUCUGUGCCUUCGGAUUCGGGUUCGGAAAGUAAAUCAUGGUUCGGGGGAUGGCUUGGUGAAGGCAAGAAGGAUGAACACACCACGAGUGGGGGAAGCGAGACCAAGGUUUUGGAGAGUUUUGAUGCUCCGCCAGUCCCGAAUUUUGAAUAUAAGUGAGCUG